AUGGGACCAGCCGUCGAUAGACUUAAUUUACCUCAAAAACGAGCAUUACAUACAAAUAAAUUUUAUACUAAUCCACUUCUUGGUCCAGGUAGUAAUCCAAUAAUUACACAUCCAUUUGUACUUUUUAUGAAUCUUGAAUCACCUUAUGGUAUAUCAAUAUCAUGUACUGAACAAUUUGCAUUAGGACCACGAAUUGAUAGUACAAGACACAAUCAUGCUCCAGAAGCAAGCAAAUCUGAAGUUUUGAAAGCCUGCAUUCAAAUGAAGGAGGUGGGUCAAAUUAGCAACGAUCAACCUGCACGAAUCAUUAACGAUGUUAUUGCUACAACAUCGCGUGAAAUUCAACCGUGUUUACCACGAAAAGAUGCCGUAAGACGACAAAUCAAAAGAGCAAGACGUGUUUGUGACGAAGAACUUGAACCAAAAACUUUGGACGAUUUUAAAUUACCAGAUGCGUACUCUAUUACGCUCAAUGGAAUACAUUUUGCAAAAAACAUUACCGAAGGAACUGAAAGAAUUUUGCUGUUCACAACAACUGAAAAUCUUGAAUGGUUGCAAGAAGCGAAGUUUUGGAUUAUGGAUGAAACGUUUAAAACUGUUCCAACAUUAUUUCGGCAAUUGUACAGCAUUCACGCGCCUGUAGGUGGAAAUGUUAAUUUCCGAAUUGUUUCAUUAGUUUACGCAUUAAUGACGGUGAAAAGCGAAGAAUUAUAUGAAAAAUUAUUUCAAGAAUUAAAUGAAAUGGCAGAAGAACAUGAAUUGGAAUUAAAGCCAGACUUUAUAUUAACUGAUUUUGAACAAGGUUCAAUCAAUGCUGUAAAGUCAGAGUUUCCAAGUGCUCAAAGCAAAGGCUGUCAUUUUUAUUUAGGACAAUCAGUAUACAGACAAAUUCAAGAUGCAGGACUGACCAAAAAAUAUGGAACUGACCAAAACUUUAGUCUUCUUAUACGACAUAUUUCAGCUUUGGCUUUUUAA